AUGACUAGAUUUUCUUGUGAGUUGUUUAGUCUUUAAGAAGGCUGUAAGUUUUUCAACCAAAUUUCCAAGUUUUUCAGUAAUUCUUCUUUUAACUUUGUUUGCAUUCUCAUCUGCUCAAAAUCCAUUUUCAUGUGUCGAUGCGAAAUUUCAAGGAUGUCAAUAUAAUUUGGCUCAACAAAUUGGAUUAAAUGACACUGUUUCAUCGAAACUUUUCAAAGAUUAUACAAUUAUGUAUAAUUAUUUCCUUUGGAUGACUGGAAAAAAUCCAGGAACUACACAAGAUAUGUUGACUGUCUGCAAGUGAGGUUUUCAAAAUUAGUUUUUUAAAAUUUAUUUUGACCUGAUGAAAUGAGUUAAUUUUUCAGUGGACUUGAAACUUUCAACUUGUGCAAUCAUGGAAAUCAAGGAUGUUUGGAUAUAUCGAAUUUGAUUCAGAAAACCGAUAUUAACAAUGUGAGUUUCCAUUUCGUUUUUUUCUAACUAAUUCAAGAAUAUGCAAAAUAAACGAGGCCAUUAAUGUCAGCGACUUUCUAGAUUAUCAUGGUUUUUUUUUUGAAAACCCAUUUGUAUUAAAAAUCUUUUGCAGGCUUAUGGAGUUGAAGCAACUUAUCGACAAUAUCAAAGAUUUAAUUGUGGACCAGGAAUUAAUAGUAAGAUUUGAUUGCUUUCCAACUAUCAAAAAUACGAAACUUCUCAUUUUUUCAGCCCUAAUUCACGAAGGAUUAUCAUGUCCUCAAAGAGUUGUCAGUAAUUAUCAAUUAUAUUUGCAAACUUGUGUUGCUUCCUAUGAGACUUCAGUUGCAAAUGAUCAGGCAAAUGGAUGCACGUAAGAUUUUCUUCAUUAGGAAAAAAUAUCCAUAUUUUGGGCCCCGAUUAUUGUUUUUUUUUCUCACAAUCAAAUUUGCUGACCUAUUUCAUGAAAGAUAUUACCGCUAAAAAAUAUUGAGAAAAAUGUGAUCAUUGGUGGUCGAAAUGAUACAAUCUUCAGACAGCCUCCGAAAUGGAACAAUAAGUUUCAAAUAAUUUGUAGUGUCGGCAAAAAAAAGUCGGAAUAUUUCAAAAAGACCUAGAUGUCCAAAACUUUCAUUCAAGAUUUUAAAAUUACAUAAGAUGAAUCAGUUACUAAAACACAUGAUGCCGUUCUACGGAGAUAGAAAUCAAAUCAAAGCAGUUUAAAGGCCUAGAAAAUCAUGACUCUAAUAACCUAGAACAUCAAAGUUCUGGGUUUUUGGUGAUCUAAAUACCUGAAAAACAAAUGUUUGAUAAAUUUUAUAUAAAUAGCUGUCAGCUACUUUUCAUCAAUUUUUCGUCGGUUCCUAAAUAGAAGGUUUUCAUAGAUAUUCGAAAUUGAAACACAAAUUCUAUUAAACCAAGAUAAUCAAGAUCCAAAACAAUUGAAACACAGAUUUGAGAUUUAAAAUAGAAUUGGAACUGAUCAUUCAAAAUGUCGAGCGAUAAAAUCUUCAGAUUCCCAAAAAUAAAAGACAAAAGGGAAGCCAACUUAGAAGUUCCCAUUCCUCCACUCUUUUCAACUCCAUUCAAUAUCCCGGCAUUCCUACACCAUGUUCCCAACAUUGUACUAACACUACGAUUAGCACCAUCGAAAACCCGUCUUACAUGUACCCAAAUUGGUAAAUGCAAUUUAACACCAGUCUUUACAAGUGACUUUUGAUUGAGAUGGGUUACUGGGAGCUUCUGGAACGAGAUUCAACUAGGCUGGCAACCCGGAAUCACGCGUAAAAUGAGGGGAUGAAAUAUAGUUGGUGAAACUUGUGACCGACGAAUUAUGGGAUUGGCUCAGUGACAUGAUUUGCGUUGUAGAUCAAAAAAAAGUUUUGAGGUGUAGUGAAGGAAUUUUUUGAAAUUUUUUUUUUGUAAUACUCGAUGCUGAUCAGUAAUUAUUGUCAGAUUUUAAAAGUUGGUGUAGGUCAUUAGAGUAAUUUGUCAAUAAAAAAUUAAAGUCAUGUGAUGCUGAACUAUUCAAAGAACGGUGAGAUAUUAUCUUCUAACCUUUAAGUGUCUUUUAAAAAAAUUACCUUUUUUGAAGUUUAACGGUACGGUAUUGAAUUUAAUUAGAUUACAUCUAAAAAUCUGACUGUUAUCUUAAUAUCUUAUUUCAAUGGACUUUUUGAAAAAGUAGAAGUUUUUUCCAACAAAAACUGUUUCAAACCCUAUUUUUCAGAUAUGCUCAAACAUUGAUGAAUUGCUGGUCUGCCCCAUUCCAAACCGCUUCCUGUGGCUCAGAAAAUGGAAUCGCAGUUUGGUGGGCAUGUGAGCAAAACAAGGUGUUCGCCCAAACCACCUUCCCAAGUUGCCCACUUUCAUGCGAUGAAAAGUUUGGACCAUUCACCGGAUCACACGCGAAUUAUAUGGAUACUCAUCAUAAAAUUGAAAAUGGCGUACACUUUUUCAAGGUUUCGAACCAUGUAGAAAAAGUUGAUGGAAAACUUGUGGAAGUUGAGGGAGUUUGGAUGAGCUAA